UCUAAACAAACAAAAAGAAAAGAAAAAUGGCGUCGACAAGCAAGCAAAAACGGCUAGCAGCAAGCAUACUCAAGUGCGGGAGGCGAAGAGUGUGGCUUGACCCGAGCGAGACUACUGAUAUUUCCUUGGCUAAUUCGAGGAUGGACGUGAGAAGGUUAAUAAAAGACAGCCUAGUCAUAAAGAAACCGAUGAAAAUCCAGUCGAGGUCGCGCACAAGAGAAGCAAAGGAGGCGAAGAGGAGAGGGAGACGCUCGGGGCUCGGGAAGAGGAAGGGCACGAAAGAGGCAAGGGAGCCGUCGAAGCUGCUGUGGAUGAGGAAGACGAGGGUCCUGCGGCGGCUGCUCUUCAAGUACCGGGACCUCGGUAAGACAGACAAGCAGCUCCACCAUGAGCUGUACUUGAAGGUGAAGGGGAAUGCUUUCAAGAACAAGAGGGUUCUCAUGGAGAGCAUUCAUAAGAGGAAGAAGAUGGAGAAGGAGGGAGAAAGGUUUUCUGUGACGGUUGAUCAGUUCCUUGGCAUUAAUAAGAUGAAAGGAGGAGAUGAUAGAAAACGUAUUGUUAAUUGGGGUGAAAGAGUUGUGUUAGGAAGAAAUUUAAAUCUUCCAUGUAAUGUGUAAUGUAAAUUGUUUCGUAUCGAUGUAACCGAAAAAAAUAAUAAUAUUUGUAUCGAA